AAGCAAAACAAACAUUUUUCCUAACCAAAAAAAUAAUUUAUUGAUUCCCUAAAAGGCCAGAAAGAAAAUUGGUUCUUUCUGGAAUUAAAGGGUUUCAAUUUUUCAUCUUCAUGUGGAUUAUCAAAUUUGUUAAUGUGUUCUUCUUGGAUUCCUAUUUGGGAAUUUUCAUCAUUAAAUUUGGCAACAGUUAGGACAUUAAUCCCAAAAAGACGAACAUUGUGGUGUUCUAACGAGCAGAAGAUCAAUUAAAUUGGCAGCAGUUAGGACAUUAAUCCCACAAAAACGAAUAUUGUGGUGUUCUGACGGGCUGAAGAUUAAACAAGAACUUGAUGAGCGGAAUCUGCCAGCCAGGAAAAAAUAAGAAAUAAAAAAGAGAACCUCAUUCUUGAUGAUUUUUUGUUGUGAAUAUUAGGUAUGACAUUGGGUAACAAGAAGAAAAUGAAGAUGAAUUGCUUUACAUGUUGUGUUGCAAAGGAAGAAACUGUUCAUAAAAGAUCUUUGAGAAAGAACACUCAAGAACACAAGAACACAAAAACUCAAUCCAAUCUUUCCUUUAGAAAUGACAGCAGCAGAAGGAGGUACAUAGCAGAAGAAAUAGCAAAACUUGGAAAAGGGAACAUUUCUGCUGAAAUCUUCACAUUUCAAGAAUUGAAACUUGCCACUCAAAACUUUGACAAUGAUCGUUUGCUUGGUGAAGGUGGUUUUGGGAGAGUGUACAAGGGACACAUUCAAAGCAAGAAUUUGGAUGUUGCUGUGAAGCAACUUGACAGGAAUGGUUUUCAAGGAACCAGAGAGUUUCUUGUGGAGGUUCUGAUAUUAAGUCUUCUUCAUCACCCUAAUCUUGUCAAUUUGGUAGGAUAUUGUUCAGAUGGAGACCAAAGAAUAUUAGUAUAUGAAUACAUGGCAAAUGGUUCACUAGAAGAUCAUCUUCUUGAACUUGGUCCAGAAAAAAAACCACUUGAUUGGAAUACAAGGAUGAAAAUUGCAGAAGGAGCAGCAAAAGGACUUGAAUACUUGCAUGAAACAGCUAAUCCUCCGGUGAUUUACCGCGAUUUUAAAGCCUCUAACAUACUUCUAGACGAGAACUUCAACCCGAUGCUCUCUGAUUUUGGACUUGCCAAGUUAGGGCCAACGGGCGAUAAAAGUCAUGUGUCCACCAGGGUCAUGGGAACCUAUGGUUAUUGUGCACCUGAAUAUGCUUCCACAGGUCAAUUGACUACAAAAUCUGAUGUUUACAGCUUUGGAGUUGUAUUUUUGGAAAUGAUCACAGGAAGAAGAGUCAUUGACACCUCAAAACCAAGUGCAGAACAGAAUCUUGUUCAGUGGGCACAACCACUGUUCAAAGACAAGAAAAAGUUUCACUUAAUGGUAGAUCCAAUGCUGAAAGGGAACUACCCAAAGAAGGGACUGUACCAAGCUCUAGCAAUUGCAGCAAUGUGUCUGCAACAGGAAGCCAGUGUUCGUCCGUUGAUCAGCGAUGUAGUCACUGCUUUGGCAUAUCUAUCAGGGAACAAGAAAAAGGAAGAAGAGGAAGCUGCAGAAGACACUUCCAAAUCCCCAGCUCCAUUGCAAAGUAAUGCAAAUAACACUGAAACUAUUGAAAGCAAUGAAGCUAAUGUUGAUACAGCAAAACACUAAAACCUUCUAAGCAUAAUCAAUACUUUUUCUUGUGAAGUUUCUUCAGAUUUUGUACAUUGUGUUAGGACAAUAUAGCCUUUCAUGACCAUGCUUAUGUAUUAACACAUAUACUUAACAUUUUUAAGGGGCUAAUGUACAUAAGAUGCAUAUAGAUACAAUGACUAAAGUCCUGUAACUUUUCAAGUUUAUUCAAAGAUACAUGACCAUAGUUCAAUCUAUCAAUGUUAAAUGGA